AUGCUCUGUCCAAACGAUCAGUUACUUCCAUCAUUUUAUCAUCACAAUAUGGAAACCGUAAGCAAAGUUCUUGUCACCGGAGCAGGUCCUGUUGGCUUAACCGUUGCCUUGCGUCUUGCCCAAUCCGGAAUCCAUGUCGACAUGAUUGAAAAGAAUAUCGGGCUGAAUCCCACAACACGAGCAGCCGGCUAUUAUGGCGCAACCUUGGUUGCCCUGGCUCGAACUGGAGUUCUCGACAAAGCAGUGGCUAUUGGUACCCACAGCAAUAGUCUUUGCUGGAGGAAGCCUUUGGCUGACGACGACAACGGUGGGAAAAGAUUAGGUGAUAUCAUUGCUAAAAUGGCAUUUCCUCCAAUCGAAGUCGGGCCAGGCCAGAAGCCUCUAUCCGCUCUCCUCCUUCCGCAGUGUAAAUUAACGAAGCUACUCUACGACGAAGCCAUAUUGACCGGCCGAGUUUCCGUAAAAUUCGGUUGUGAACUAAUAGGAAUUGAGGACAACGGAGACGAGAUCCAUGCCCGCGUCAAAAGAGUCGAUACUGGUGAAGAAGAAACCUACACGGCGUCAUUUCUGGUAGGCGCCGAUGGGGCCAAGUCGGCUACCCGCAAACUCCUCGAUAUACCAUUCAAAGGCCAUAGCUGGCCGGAAAGGCUUGUUGCCAUUGACUGCAUCUUCGAGACCCCCCCGGAUAUUGCGGCAAUGCCUACUUCGUUUAUCGUUCACCCCGUGCAUUUUGGCAUCAUCACCCCGCUAGACCGUUUCGAAAUUGGGAAGAAGAGCAAGUUCAGGGUUGCAGCUGCUGUGGACCCCAAAGACGACCUCUCAGAUGAGGAGCUCAUAUCCGCGGAAUAUACAAAAACACUCAUGGAGAAGAUGGUGCCCGGGCCCCGACCGCUCGAAACUGAAGUGACUCAUGUUGCCCUCUACCGAAUUCACCAACUCUGCGCGUCUACGUUCCGGCGCGGAAGAUGCGUGCUGGCCGGAGAUGCCGCGCAUCUGAACAAUCCUUUUGGAGCAAUGGGUCUCUCCAACGGACUCCUUGAUGCGGAUGCGCUGUCCGAUGCACUAGAACUCAUAAUUAACAAGGGAAAUCCGCUCAGUAUUCUCGAUGUGUACUCUCACGAGCGUUUAAAAGUGUUCCAGUUCUUCGUCGACCCUACAACGACUCAGAACAAACUGCGUUGUGCCAGCGACCCAGAUCGAAUUACGGAUGAUUGGAUGAUCAGCGCGCUGCUUAAUGACAAUAGAACCCUAAAGAAGGGUUUCGCAAAGCAAUUUGUUGAGCAAUGGCGAACAGACAUGAGGGCUUUGGUUGGCUAG